AUGGCGAGGUCGGGCGUCACCCGGUCUCGCCGGUGGGCUGGACUGCGCAGGGCGCGGAAGAGGGUGCGCGCCGGCGGGGCUUCCCCAUCGCUAAGGGGUCUCGCCCCAGCAAGUGCUCCUCGCGGCAGUACGGGCUCAGAGCUCCCGGCACGGAAGGCCAAGCGCACGCGCUCUCCGCCCGGGGCGCUCUUCCCUCCUCGCCCGCCCAACCCCACCCGCUCCAAGCUAGCGGCCCACCUGCGGCGAGGCGGAGGAGCCGGCGGAGCGCGGUCUGCAGCGAGUGAGCCAGGGGGCCCCGGGCUGGGUUAUAAGGCAGCCUCUGCCCUCCCCCGCACCAGUGUCCCCAACCUUCUCAUUUUCUUUGAAAAAGGCAAUUUCCUGCUAAGCCAUGUUAUCAAUCACCAGGAUUACUUCCCUACUAUCUUUAGGAGAGCCUCUGAGCGCAUGCAGCUAGUCUUUGGCAUUGAUCUGAAGGAAGUGGACCCCUCCAACCAGUCCUAUGUCCUUGUCACAUCCUUGGGGCUCACAUAUGAUGGGAUGCUGAGUGAUGUCCAGGGAAUGCCCAAAACAGGCCUCUUGAUAAUUGUCCUGGGUGUCAUCUUCAUGGAGGGCAACCAUGCCUCUGAGGAGGUUGUAUGGGAAAUGCUGAGUAUGAUGGGGGUAUGUGCUGAGAGGGAUCACUACAUCUAUGGGAACUCCAGGAGGCUGGUCACUGAAGAUUUUGUGCAGGAACAGUACCUUGAGUACCAGCAGGUACCAUAUAGUAAUCCUGCUCGCUAUGAGUUCUUGUGGGGCCCAAGGGCCUAUGCUGAAACCAGUAAGAUGAAAGUUCUGGAACACUGGGCCAAGGUCAGUGGGGGUAAUCCCAGGUCCUUCCCAUCCCUUUAUGAAGAGGCUCUGAGAGGUAGGGAAGGUGCCCAAGAAUGAAGCUUAAUCAGAACCACUGUGGGACUAGGUA